AUGUCUGAGCCCGAAAACAACUUUGACACUACCGAGAUGGCCGCUGCGCUGAGUGACGCAGGCAGCGAUGCUGCUAAGCCUGUCGUCGUUGAACCUCCUCCGACCGUCCCCAUUGAGGGUGCUGCCGACCGCGCUCGUGAGCACGGUUUCGUCGCCCCCGUUGCUUACGACUAUGACAAUUACAAAGUCACCACCAAGGAGGAGCGUGAGACCGCCGCGGCUGAGGGCCGCUACCUUGAGCCCGGAUGGGCUGCCACUGCUGCCCGCUACGAGUGGGAUGAUGAGUACGGUGAGGUCGGUCCUGAGGAUCCCAAGCUUGAGGAGGAUCUCUUCCGCCACGAGAACGUCAUGCGCAAGGGCAAUGCCUUCUCUGUCCUAGAGUACAAGAUUCAUCAGGAGGGUCCCGUUCAGAUCGCUCCUGUUCGCAAGUUCGAGGAUGCUGGCCUUCAUCCUGUCAUGCUGGACAACGUCACUCGCCUUUGUCAGUAUGACAUGACUACGCCUAUUCAGGCCUACACCAUCCCAGCUGUCCUUCAGGGACAUGACGUCGUUGGAGUUGCUCAGACUGGUUCUGGAAAAACCGCUGCCUACUUGAUCCCCAUCUUGUCACGCUUGAUGGGAAAGGCUAAGAAGCUGGCGGCCCCGCGCCCCAGCCUCAAGACCUACGAUCCACUCACCGACCGAGUCCGUGCUGAGCCCCUAGUUCUGAUCGUGUGCCCUGCUCGUGAGCUUGCUGCUCAGAUCUUCGACGAGGCUCGUCGCCUCUGCUACCGCUCUCAGUUGCGCCCCUGUGUCAUCUACGGCGGUGGCCCUCCUGCGCACCAGCGUAUGGAGCUCGAGAAGGGCUGUGAUGUCCUCAUCGCCACUCCUGGUCGCCUCUGUGACUUCAUGGACAAGCCUUCCCUCCUCUCCUUGAACCGUGUCAAGUACACUGUCAUCGACGAAGCCGAUGAGAUGCUUGACGAUGACUGGGAGGAAGAGCUCAAGAAGAUUCUGAGUGGAGGCGAUAACAAUGAGGAUGCCGACCACGUCUACCUCAUGUUCUCGGCGACCUUCCCCAAGGAGGCCCGCGCCCUCGCUCGUCAGCACCUGGCUGAGGACUACAUCCGCGUUCGUGUAGGCCGCGCCGGUUCCACGCACAACAACAUUCACCAGAGGAUCGUCUGGGUUGAGGACUCGGCAAAGGACAAGGCGCUUUAUGACCUCCUCUUCUCCAUGCCACCUGGUCGCACUAUCGUCUUCGUCAAUUCGAAGAGGAAGGCCGACUUGGUUGACGACUUCUUGUUCAACCGUGAUCUUCCCUCGACCUCUAUUCAUUCCGACAGAACUCAGCGUGAGCGUGAGGAUGCUCUGCGCUCCUUCAAGGUGGGCACUGCGCCUAUCCUCGUUGCGACGGGCGUUAUGGCUCGUGGUCUUGAUGUGAAGAACGUCAUGCACGUCAUCAACUAUGACCUUCCUUCUACUCAGUACGGAGGCAUCCGUGAGUACGUUCACCGCAUCGGCCGUACCGCUCGCAUUGGCAACGAGGGCCUGGCCACCUCGUUCUACAAUGACAGGAACGAUGACCUCGCCGACGACCUUGUCAAGAUUCUCCUGGAACGUGAGCAGGAGGUCCCCGACUUCCUCCAAGAUCGCGCUCCUGCCGCCGGCGAGCCCCUCGACUUCGAUGAUGAUACGGACCACGAGGAGGAGGAAGCCGCCGCGGCUGCUUUCAACCCAUCCAACGGUGACGCUGCUGAUGGCAAUGCCUCUGACGGUGGCAACGAGGGCUUCAAGCCCGAGGAGAACAAUGGCCAUGCCGAUGAUACUGCCAACGGCUGGUAA